CCGAUGGAGAACAGGUCGGAAGUGAUGGAGUUCGUCCUUCUAGGCCUAGCCAGUGCCCCAGAACUCCGCGUCACGCUCUUCAUCGUGAUCAUUUGCAUCUACCUCAUCAAUGUGCUUGGCAACCUGGGGCUGAUCCUCUUGACUCGUGUCGAGUCUCGCCUCCACAGCCCCAUGUACUUCUUCCUCACUAACCUGUCUCUAGUAGAUGUCGUGUACUCCUCAGCCGUCACCCCCACAGCUGUGGCUGGGCUCCUUAUAGAAGCACAAGUCAUCUCCUACAAUGCUUGUGCUGCUCAGAUGUUCUUUUUUGCAGCCUUUGCCACUACAGAAAAUUUUCUUCUGGCCUCCAUGGCCUACGACCGCUAUGCCGCGGUGUGCACACCCCUGCACUACACCAGCACCAUGACCACACGUGUGUGUGCGUGGUUGGCCAUCGGCUGCCAUGUCUGUGGCUUCCUGAACGCCUCCAUCCAUGUGGGGGAAACAUUUGAGCUCUCUUUCUGUAACUCAAAUGUGGUCCAUCACUUUUUCUGUGAUGUUCCAGCAGUCAUGGCUCUCUCCUGCUCUGAUAGACAUGUUAAUGAGAUGGUUUUAGUUUACGUGGCAACCUUCAACGUCUUUUUUGCUCUUCUAGUCAUCUUGAUAUCUUAUUUAUUCAUAUUUAUCACUAUAUUAAAGAUGCAAUCUACUUCAGGACACCACAAGGCUCUGUCCACCUGCGCCUCCCACCUCGCCUCAGUCACCAUCUUCUACGGCACCGUCAUCUUCAUGUACCUGCAGCCCAGCUCCAGCCACUCCAUGGACACGGACAAGAUCGCCUCCAUGUUCUACACCAUGGUCAUCCCCAUGCUGAACCCCGUGGUCUACAGCCUCAGGAACAAGGAGGUCAAGAGAGCAAUUAAAAAGGUUCUUUUGGGCCAGCCAAAUAAAAAAUCUGGCGCUGCAGUGGUCAAAGCAGAUUUCACAGUCAGAUGUGCUUCUGAGUCUCAAGCUGACCUCUUAUAG